AACGCCAUGGAUGUUACGGUGGAAGAUUUUUGCGAAGAAACCAACUUUCCCGAAUCACCCUGCCCGAGCCCAUUCGAUCCGGCCAAACUGCUUAACAUUAGCUUUCUUCAGAUUAAUGGCCGCUUCACACCACAUUCGGGCCCGUCCUCUGUGUGUUCGACGCGAAGCUGUAGCCUUGCAGCUACCCCUGUACCACCAGAUGCGGCGGAUCCGGACCAGGAGGGCGAAGGUGAUGGUGCUGGAAGGGAGACGGGGGCGGGGGCCGAGAAGGUUCGCAAGUGGUCCCUGCCGCAUUUGCCUACCGAAGCGUCCAAGUUUGAGAUAAGUGGCCGUGCGACACCCGUCUUCACGUGGAAUCCGAUGCCAACGUCCAGCAAUGUGAUCUAUGCGCUGAAUGACAAGAAUCAGCAGAUCGUGUUCUCGCAGCUCGAACAAGAGACGGCAACCGAAACGAGCAUCUCGGAAGUGUCCAGUGCGGUCGACUCGGAAGCAGAGCUGGAAGAGGACGAACCUCAACAGGAUCGUACAAAGGCAUCGAAAGAAGACGCAAAGCAGCAACAGUCAGACAUGUACCCGAACUGCGAUGUGAAUGUGUGGUUGCGAUCGUGCGAGCAAGAGAUCGUAGAACCGAUCGAGGGUAAGGUGCAGGGUACGGUACCGGAAUGGUUGAACGGGAGUCUGUUGCGAAAUGGGCCCGGCAGCUUGAAGGUGGGAGACAUGAUGUUCAACCAUCUGUUCGAUAGUUCGGCACUGCUCCACCGGUUUAACAUCGAAAGUGGAAAAAUUACGUACCAGUGCCGAUUCUUGAAGUCAGAUGCGUACAAGAAGAAUACUGCUGCGAGGCGUAUCGUGGUGACCGAGUUUGGUACCAGUGCCGUACCCGACCCGUGCCAAACAAUCUUCCAAAAAAUUGCAGCCGUUUUCAACAAACCCGGCGUCAACAAUUCGGACAAUGCAAUGAUCUCGAUCUAUCCGUUCGGUGAUGAGUUUUUCGCCUUCACCGAAAGCCCUAUCAUCCAUCGGAUCGAUCCGGAAACGCUCGACACCGAGGCGAAGCUGAACGUGUCCGACUACGUAGGCAUCGUUAACCACACGUCCCAUCCGCACGUCAUGUCCGAUGGUACGGUGUACAAUCUGGGCUGUUCCAUCACCAAAACGGGACCGGCCUAUACGAUCAUCUGUUUCCCGCAAGGUCCGGGUAUGUUUGAGAAUGCGCGCAUUGUCGCAUCGGUGCCGGCACGCUGGAAGUUUCAUCCGGGGUAUAUGCACACGUUCGGCAUAACGGAGAACUUUUUCGUAAUUGUCGAGCAACCGCUCAGCGUUUCCGUACCGACGAUGGUGGUGAGUCAGAUUCGUAACCGUCCAAUGGCGGCCGCCCUCAAGUGGUUCGAAAGUCAGCAGACGUACAUCUAUCUGUUGGAUCGUGAUACGGGCGAACUGCGUCACACGUACCACACGGAACCGUUCUUCUAUCUGCACAUCAUCAAUCAGUACGAGCGCGAGGGUCACGUUGUGCUAGACAUCUGCUGCUACAAAGAUCCGGCCAUGCUAAACUGCAUGUACGUCGACACGAUGCGCAACAUGCAGAACAAUCCGGACUAUGCGAAGAUGUUCCGUGGACGACCGUUACGAUUUGUGCUACCACUGAAAUACGGCACCAAACAGUCGAAGAUCCAAAAAGGUUCGUCAACCGAUCCAGCCUCAUCGUGGGCGGAUAUGUGGCAAAAUCUUAGUUCGUUCACCACCGGUGACAACCUCCACACAAAGGAUACCGGUUUGGUGCUCCAGAAUUUGGUCCAGAUCGAAGAUUCGAAGGCAACGGCGUACGUUAUGCCGAAUCGUACCAUCUUCUGCAAACCCGAACUGUUGUGUGAUUUGGGCUGUGAAACACCGCGCAUCUACUACGAACGUCAUCUGGGCCGUCCGUAUCGGUACUUUUACGCAAUCAGUUCCGAUGUGGAUGCGAGCAAUCCGGGCACACUGAUCAAGGUGGAUGUGGUGACGAAGGGCAAGCUGACGUGGUGCGAGGAAAAUGUCUACCCGAGCGAACCUAUCUUUGUGCCAGCACCGGAUCCUGCGUCCGAAGACGAUGGCGUAGUGCUGGCCGCAAUGGUGUGGGGCCGUGAGGAACAGAAUCGGGCAGGAUUGUUGGUGCUGGAUGCGAAGACCUUUACCGAGCUGGGACGGUGUGAGUUUGUGACGCCCGGACCGGUACCAAAAUGUCUGCACGGUUGGUUCCAGCCGACGGGCAAGUAGGUGUAGAGAAAGUAU